AACAGCACAUGCUCCAUCUCAGAUUUGCAACACUUCCUCUCACUCACGGCUAAGCUCUUUCCCUUUUGCCCGCAUUACUCGCGGACUUUACGCAAUCGCUGUUGCAGAUUGAAGGUUCCGGAUUCAACGCUGACGACUUUGGAUCCAAUGGCUGCAAGGAAGCCUGGUUUGAUUGCUCUGUUCGAUGUCGACGGUACGCUUACUGCUCCGAGAAAGGUGGUUACUACGAAAAUGUUGGAAUUCAUGCAGGAACUAAGAAAGGUAGUCACAGUUGGUGUUGUUGGAGGUUCAGAUCUUGUUAAGAUAUCGGAACAGCUUGGCAGCUCUGCUAUAAAUGAUUAUGAUUAUGUAUUCUCUGAGAAUGGACUGGUGGCGCACAAGGAUGGGAAGCUAAUUGGAACACAGAGCUUGAAGUCUUUUCUUGGGGAUGAAAAACUCAAGGAAUUCAUUAACUUUACUCUCCACUAUAUUGCUGACUUGGAUAUCCCAAUAAAAAGGGGAACAUUCAUUGAGUUCCGCAGUGGCAUGCUUAAUGUGUCACCAAUUGGUAGGAAUUGUAGCCAGGAAGAGCGAGAUGAGUUUGAACAAUAUGAUAAGGUUAACAAGAUCCGUGAACAGAUGGUAUCAGUCCUUCGAGAAAAAUUUGCUCACCUCAACCUCACUUUUUCCAUCGGGGGCCAAAUUAGCUUUGAUGUUUUCCCUCGAGGAUGGGACAAGACAUAUUGCUUGAGAUACCUUGAUGAGUUCAAUGAAAUCCAUUUUUUCGGAGACAAAACAUAUAAGGGUGGAAAUGACUAUGAGAUUUUUGAAUCUGAGAGAACUGUGGGGCACACAGUUACUAGCCCAGAUGAUACAGCAAAGCAAUGCAGAGACGUUUUCCUGUGAUUUCAUCAAGCAGUUGCAAUAUUCAAUGCAUUUGAAUUGUAAUGUUAUGUAUUUGUUUGUAAAGCAAACCAUGUUGUGCUCUAAAUAAAAGCUUUGAAUUUGUCUUUCAUUU